UUCCUGCAACAUAUCCUGUAUAGCCCAAAAUCGGUUUCUUGCUAGGGAAUAAAGACCAAAACAAAGCCAGGUGAAAAGAAGGCCGUGCAUAGAAUAUCAUGUUUAGAUUUAUGUUAGCUAGUCUAUAAGAAAAUAGUCAUUUACAUAACCCACAGAGUUUCAACGCGUCGAAACCAACACGCUCUGCACACAUUGAUUUUAUUGCUGUUUUGGCCAAGGUGGGGAAUACAAAGGCUAAAUAGUUUACACCAAAACAAGAUUUGAAUGCAUCCAUUUUACCUGGAAUACGCCGACCCCAACCAACUUCGUAGUUGAAAUCUCUCUUUUUUUUGAAGAGCCCGUCAAACUGAAGAAUUUCAUGGAUUAUCUGCCUCUACUUCCCAGAUGAAGUUGCUGAGAGCUGGCGAUGGGCUUCGUUGGAUCAUAACUCUGACUAGAGUCCUGUCGCUUUCCUCCUGCUGCUGCUCUGUCUCACUCUGUUCUGUCCUCCUCUCUGCCUGUGUCCUCUUGUCUGUUGCUGUCGGUGGCUCGUUAAGUUGUUGAGGAAAGCGCUUGCCUUUAGCCGUGGACAAUGUCUGAGUGCAUGCAUCUCACCCUAUGCAUUUGCAGGAUUGGCGCCUAUACGUGUUUCAGGACACUGUGCUGUAAAGGACAGCCCCCUCCCAGACCAGAGUAUGACCUGGUGUGUAUUGGACUCACAGGCUCUGGGAAGACCAGCCUACUGUCAAGACUCUGCAGUGAAGCCACAGACAACAUUGGGCCAACCACGGGUUUCAGCAUCAAAGCUGUUCCAUUCCAGAAUGCCAUUCUGAACGUGAAAGAGCUCGGAGGAGCGGACUCGAUAAAGAAGUACUGGUCGCGGUACUACCAGGGUUCCCAGGGGGUGGUGUUUGUCCUGGACAGCGCCUCCACAGACGAGGAUCUGGAGAUGGCCCGAACUGAGCUUCACUCUGCCCUGCAGCACCCCCAGCUCUGUACCCUGCCCUUCCUCAUACUGGCCAACCACCAGGACAAACCAGCUGCUCGCACCACACAAGAGAUAAAGAAGUAUUUUGAGCUGGAGCCUCUGGCCCGAGGGAAGAGCUGGAUUCUAGAGGGCAGCUCAGUGGACAACAUUGAUGCCGUGAAGCAGAGCUUCACUCAGCUUAUUGAGCUGCUGGAGGACAAGGACCAAGACACGGGCAGGAUAUGAGCCGGGAUGUGCACAUCUACUAGGAACUACAAAUCCCACAGGAACUACAGACUCCACAUAACCUGCACAUCUACAGGGAACUACAAAUCCCAGAAGACCUGCCGAGUACAUGAACUACAAUCCCCAUAGGUCCUGUACAUCUACUGGGUACUACGAAACUAACAGGUCCCACAGGACCUGCUGAGCUACAGAGACUACAAAUCCCACAGAUCUCACAGGACGUGCUGAGCCACAAGAACUACAAACCCUACACGGUCCUGUUAACCAUAGGAACUAUAAACCCCACGUCAGUCUGUAGUCGGACCGAACAGGAGCAACAUCAUAGCUACAAAGCCAACGGGAUGGCAAACCACAAUGGAGCAACCUGAUCCCAGAGGAGUCAUAGAGCAUGGAGUCAUUCCCCGCCACCGAGAACCUAUGGGCCUCCAGGGUUUUCAUGGUGAGAGGAGGAAAAGUCUACUACGGUUUUCUAGCUGCAGAGACCUAGUGGACUGCACGAAAGAAGGACCACAUUUCGUGUUGGGAAAUACAUUACCUCCACUCAAAAUAAAUAUCCCUAUUUAAGACUUAGGCAAACACCAGUGAGACACUAUCUGCCAUGUGUUAUUAUCAUGCUUGUUAUUCACUCGUCACUGUUCUUGUGCUCUUGGAUGACUGAUAGUUGCACAUUGCCACGAGACUGUCUGUAGGAAGUGAACACGUCUGCGGGGAUCUUCGAGUCACUGGAAUAGGCUUCAUCUCUGUAGCACAUUUCUUACAGAGAACGCAUUUCGGCGUGCUUGACAAAUACAGUAUCGAAAGGGGAGAGAUAAGAACGCAAGUGUGGUUUCUCUUCAAAUAUACACUGAGUGCACAAAACAUUAGGAACACCUGCUCUUUCCAUGACACGGACUGACCAGGAGAAUCCCGGCGAAAGCUAUGGUCCCCUUUUAUGAAUCCACUUCAAUUUGUGUGGGCGAAGGAGAGGAGACGGGUUAAAUAAUGCUUUUUAAGCCUUGAGAAAUUUGAGACAUGGAUUGUGUGCGUGUGCCAUUCAGAGGGUGAAUGGGCAAGACAAAAGUGCCUUUUGACCUGGGUAUGGUAGUAGGUGCCAGGCCCAGUGGUUUGUGUUAAGAACUGCAAUGCUGCAGGGUUUUUCACACUCAAACAGUUUCCCAUCUAUAUCAAGAAUGAUCCACCACCCAAAGGACAUCCAGAAAACUUGAUACAACUGUGGGAAGCUUAGGAGUCAACAUGGGCCGGCAUCCCUGACGAAUUCAGGCUGCUCUGCGGGCAAAAGGGAUUCAACUCGGUAUUAGGAAGGUGUUUGUAAUAUUUUGUACACUCAGUGUAUCAUGCUCAAUAGUGAUUUGUCCCACAACGCUUUCUGGUCUGUAACAAAUGUUUCUACUUCACUGCCUUAAUGUGUUUUAAAGCCAAACCUUUUACAAGUGUCUUCACAAACAUGUGUUGGUUAGAACUCUACAGCAUCAAUUUGCCGGACGCAAGUAGAGGUGAGACGAGGCUUUUAAUUCAAACUGAAAUGUUCUCCCACUGUUUUCACUGAAAUACAUAUUGUGUAGAAUUAACUUUAGAUGUUAUGUUUUAAGUAUUUGAGUAAUUUGAUAGUCUUGUUACUGAGGGGCAAAGCUCCUGCCCCUCUUGUGUUUUAAGAGAAAGUGCAGUGUGCGAUUUGGAUGCAGUUUGCACGGCACAGCCAAUUCAAUUUAUAUCAGCAUGAAGAUUUUCAAAGAAUAGCACAGAGUCUUCACAGUGGACGGUGUGUUUCGUGUACAGUGACGAUGUUGCUACUGUCACUUGAAUGUAAGAAAAACACUCCGGUUACCUGAGCGUGUCAACGCCUAACGUUGUCAAUUAGUGCCUCAAUGCUGUCGACCAUUCGUUAUCAUAACCAAUGUUGUCAAUCAUAUGCGACUGCUGUUCCCUGCUGAUGACGUCAUGUGUUUGGUCGCUCCGCCCCCCGAACCUUUGAGAUGACCCACCUGGUUCCCGUGGUUACCAGACCAGCCGUGUGCCACAGGUGUGUAUCAAGAGUGCUAGAUCUAGGAUACCCGGUAUAUGUUUAGUCUUUGUAGAGCGAAGUAUACCAAUAUCGAAACACGUUGUUGUAUUUAUAGUAACGUAUCGAUCAAAUGUUUAUACCCUGAUAGCCAAACUCUUCAAACGGCCUAUUUUCUAAUUCAUUUAUAUCUAUAUCAAGAUCAAUUUGUACAUUUUGUUACAGGUGGUUUUGUUAUAAUCCGCAAGGGCAGGCACGUGUCUGUGUUUAUACUGGAAGAAGAAAUUGACAUUUAGCAGUUUGCUUUACUGGCUUAGUCUAUUCUGAAGGUCUACUGUGUAUAUACAUAAUUUAUGCAUAACUCCACUUGGCAACAUGGACAAUAAAGGCAACAACAACAACAAAAAA